AUGGUUAUCACAUCUAUUUCAACCAAGGAGAUCGAUAAAGAUAUUUCACGAGUUUUCAUAACUUUAGAAAUAUUAGAAGUUGCUUCUGUCUUUUCUCAUGACGAUGCCUUCGCUCAAGCAAACUCGGUUGAAGAGGUGCAUACAAACCCGUUGGCUAGUGGACAUGGAAUUCGAGAUAGAAAGGAAGAAAAUCUUUGUGAAUAUGCCAUGCAAAAUUUAUGGAAGGAAAUCCAGAAUGUCGAUCCUUCGGUUGAAAUUGUAAACACACUUUCUGUCAGGGGAGUUUCAACUUCAGACACCCUUGGAGGGAUCCCUUUUGGCCUGGUUGUCGGACAUAUCUUAAUAAACUCUUCCAAUUCCUCAUCUGGGAAGAGAGGAAAGGUUAAACUCCAUUGUCGAGUUAUAAUAGGUUUGAAUGAUGAUCCUCUUCGUAAGCAUCUCCAUCAUAAGUCCACAAGUUAUCGAUUCUAUGUGCGAACUAAUAUAAGCUCUGUAUUGUUGGAGCAUCUAGAGCCGAGGACAGAUAUGGAGUUUUGCACCUCGGUGUCUGAUGAAGAUUAUUUCGACUUCUCGGGGCCCUCUGACAAAGCCCGUCAAAGGAAACUGGAGAAAUUGGCAUAUCAAGAGAUCCAGGGUGUUUCAAAUUUGUUUCUAGUCAUAGAAGCAGUUUUGGAACCCUUUGGGUAUCUUGGACCUCUAGUUGAAAAGGUGAAACAACUCGUUAAGGGAACGACUGAGAAGGGUGAUGCUUUAGAAGAAGUGAUACAGUCCUUGGAACUUUCUAGGAAAAUGAUAAAGGAGUUGGAUAAAUCCUUGAAAGAGUCUCAAAAGAAUCAGAAGAAAGCUGAGGCUGACCUCACUGCAAUGUACGGAGAAAAUCUUUCGCUCUGUAAAGGGUUGCUCAAAUCUUUGAAGGAUGGUUUUUCUGUGGUUCAGGAUGCCUUUGAGAAUUAUAUGAAGUAG